AUGACUGGUAAAACCCAAACCAGCAACGUGACCAACAAGAAUGACCCGCGUUCGCUCAACUCCAGAGUCUUCAUCGGAAACCUCAACACGGCCAUCGUCAAGAAGAGCGACAUCGAGGUCAUUUUCACCAAGUACGGCAAGAUCGUGGGCUGCUCCGUCCACAAGGGCUACGCCUUCGUGCAGUACAUCAACGAGAGGAACGCCAGAGCGGCCGUGGCGGGGGAGAACUCCAGGGUCAUCGCCGGACAGCCCCUCGGCCGAGCUCUGUGUGCGCCUUAA